AUGCCGCGCCCCAAGGACCGCGCCCCCCGGCGCCGCGGCGCCCCCCCGGUCUCCCCCCGGCGCUCCCCGAGGCGGCCGCCGGCCCCGGCGCCUUCCCCCCCGCGCCGGCACCGGCGGUACCGGCCGGGCCAGCUGGCGCUGAAGGAGAUCCGCAAGUACCAGAGCACCACCAACCUGCUGCUGCGCCGGCAGCCCUUCUGCCGCGUGGUGCGGGAGAUCUGCCUGCUCUUCACGCGGGGGGUGGACUACCACUGGCAGGCCAUGGCGCUGCUGGCACUGCAGGAGGCGGCAGAGGCUUUCUUGGUGCGCCUGCUGGAGGACGCCUACCUGUGCUCGCUGCACGCCCACCGCGUCACCCUGUACCCCAAGGACCUGCAGCUGGCCCGGCGCCUGCGGGGGCUGGACGGGGGGGGGAUCUGAGUGCCCCCCCCCCCACCUCGUAUUUUACCCCCCCCCCCUUCUCUAAUAAAGGAACGAUCCCCCUUUUUUCACAACCUGCCUCCCCCCC